UGAAGGUGGGUACUACUCCAGUAGCUAUAAAAUAGCAACAUGAUGUAGAGCAGGCACAGCACAACUGGUGCAUCUUUGGUGGAAUGAGCAGCAUGAAGCAUCUAGCAAUUCUCUUCACGCUUGUGGCUUUUUCUGAAUGUUUUGUUCAGGUUCCCAUCUGGAAAGGAGAGAAACUUAGAGAUAUUCUUAGAAGGAAUAAUUUGCUGGAAAAACUUCUGCAGGAACAUCAUUAUGACAUUGCUACUAAGUACACCAAACAUUCUCCAGUUGUUUUCAAUCCUGGUCAGCUAGCUGAUGAACCACUCCUGAACUAUUUAGAUUCCCAGUACUAUGGAACAAUCUACAUUGGAACACCACCACAGGAAUUCACUGUUGUGUUUGACACUGGAUCAUCAAAUCUCUGGGUACCAUCUGUUUUCUGUAAAAGUCAAGCAUGUAGAAAACAUCAACAAUUUAACCCAAGCCUUUCUUCUACUUUCAAGAGCACACAACAGUCUAUGGCCAUUGCCUAUGGCACAGGAAACAUGGAAGGCAUAUUAGGAUAUGACACAGUGAAGGUGUCCAGCUACAUUGAUACCAAUCAACCUUUUGGUCUGAGCACUGUAGAGCCAGGAACCAUUUUUACCUAUGCAAAGUUUGAUGGAAUCCUGGGCUUAGCCUACCCCACAAUUGCAGUUGACCAAGCAACUCCUGUCUUUGAUAAUUUGAUGAAAGAAGGUUUAGUGCAACAAAACUUGUUUUCUGUUUAUCUCAGCCGAAAAGCAUCUGGGAGCGUGAUCACUUUUGGUGGAAUAGAUCAUUCUCAUUAUACUGGUUCUAUUAACUGGAUACCAGUGAGUCAACAAACAUACUGGCAGAUUUCAAUGGACAGUGUUUUAGUGAAUGGUGAGACGAUUGCCUGCAACAGUGGCUGUCAAGCAAUUGUUGACACAGGUACCUCCCUCUUGGCUGGUCCACCAUCCUCCAUAAAUAGUAUCCUAAAUGCUAUUGGAGCUAAUCAGGGGCAGUCUGUAAUCAACUGCAGCAAUCUCUCCAACAUGCCUGAUGUUGUUUUUGUGAUCAAUGGAAUCUACUAUCCAUUGAAGCCUUCAGCUUAUACUCAACAGAUUGUACCAGGCUAUUGCAGCACUGGUUUCCAGUCGUCUCCUGGGGAUCUCUGGAUUCUAGGGGAUGUGUUCAUAAGAGAAUACUACAGCAUUUUUGACAGAGGCAACAAUCGAGUUGGGCUGGCAAAGGCAAUCUAGAAAAAAAAUCUGCUUUUUACAACAGUGAAUACUGUAUCUGUUUAAUCAAUACAUCCAACUAUAUUUUAACUUCCCAGCAAUGUAUUGAAUUAACUCUAGUCCUGUGCUUUUAAAUGCAAUAACUGAUAUAUUACAAGAUAAUUUGCAAAUGAUAGCACUAUUCAAGUAUUUCUAAUCACCACUGAAUGCAAAAAAUAAAUAGAUAAAUAUCUUGUUCCAAAGUUACGUUGUUAGAGCUGUUGCUGACACACACUGUAACUUGUGGUAGCUUCAGGAUAACAAUUGGCAAAAUCUCUGAUGUUUCAACCUGUCCCAUCAGGAAUAUUUAUGUGUGGGAAAAUGAAUUACCAAUCACUUUCCAGAGAGUGUGACCAACCAGGGUUGGGGAACCUGAAAGGCGAUAUGACCUUUCUUUGCAGUUUGUUUGAGGUAGUUCAUACUCAACUUUUACUUAUUGUCUCUUUGUUUGUCAGGAGAAUAGCUGUCUCUCCAUCUGCUGAAUGAUUUGAAGGUUGAUAUGGCAAAAUAGCCUGUGUUUUUCAAAGCCGCUGUAUUGGAAAGCACAGGCUAAGCUGCUCCAAGCCUUCACUGCUUCCUCCUGUGUUCAUUUUCAUGUUCAGCUGCCUGUCUCAGCAGUCCCAUUGUCUGUCUUCACUGCUGCUUGCCCAAUUAUUCCUUGAACCCAGUAGUACUUGCUGGUCUUCUAUCUAUAAUCUGACAUCAAUCCAUUUGCCUUUCUUGAAUCAUCUGGGUAUAAUGCCUUCUGGGACCAAUUCCUACAGCAACUUAGAAACUAGCCAGGGCUCUACUCGACUGGCAGCUGCUUGUUUGGGAUUCACUGAUACGUGGUGACAAUCUGCUAUGAAAUAUGGAAGAGAAGAGUGGAGGGGAAAAUACUUGGGAAACUGAAACAAUGCUGUGCCUUCUCAAGGAACUGCUUCAAGUUCAUCCAGCUGGAAGAAGGAGGAAGUGGCAUACCAGAGCAUGCCUGAAUUGACCAUUAGGAAAACAGCUUGCAAGAUUUUAAUUGGAUACUUUAAUUGGGGUGGGAAAUGAAAACCAAUCAAGGAAGGGGAAAGUAGAAAGUAUAAUGUUUGAGAUUUUGGUGCACAAAUCACAGUUCUAGCUAUGCCUUACUGCAAUCCACUUGAUCUCUAAUUAAACUGUACCUUUCUCAACAAA